AUGGAUCUUCGCGACAUUCUGCUCCCGGUCGAUGACCCAUUACUGGACAGCCCACCAUCCCCACCACUUUCGGCCACCUCCAGUAGCUCGUGGGAGAGCGCAGAUACCGACUCAGAAGACAUCGACUUCGAGUUCGUCUAUGCUCUACAUACCUUCGUUGCCACCGUGGAAGGACAAGCAAAUGCAACUAAAGGCGAUACCAUGGUCCUGCUAGACGAUAGCAACAGCUACUGGUGGCUCGUGCGAGUUGUGAAGGAUAGCAGCAUCGGUUAUCUACCCGCUGAACACAUCGAGACACCAACGGAGCGGCUGGCUCGGUUGAACAAGCACCGAAACAUUGAUUUGUCUGCGACCAUGCUCAGCGACAAUUCUGAAAAGACUCGCAACCCACUCAAGAAGGCGAUGCGAAGACGAAACGCAAAGACGGUGCAAUUUGCGGCGCCUACAUACGUCGAAGCUUCCGACUACGACUACUCCACUGAAGACGAGGAGCAAGAAACCGUCGAUCCCAAUCACGGCGCCGCUGCUGCACAGGUUCAAGAACCUCAGGCGGCGGCGGUAGAAGACAUUAGCACAUCAGAAGACAAGCCCGAGGACGGAGACGAGCGUGCAAUGACACCCACACAGCGUGCGUCCUUCGAGAGGGAGCAGAUUGCAACGCACACGCCCGCUAUCGACGAGCCACAACUAAGCCCGAGGCUGGUGGAUAAAACCGAGGCUGCUCCCCUCAAGUCAAAGAAAGGGGGCCGUAACAGGGAUUCCUUCCUCAAGGACGAGACCGAGACACGGAAGAUCACACUCACUCCGGGACUGCUACGAGAGGACAACGCAUCGACCAAGUCCGUGUCGUCAGAAAGUAUACGCAAUACUAGCACCGAGAAUCUUACCAAGCAAAUCUCGCCACCUGAGCUGGCGGCGAAGAAAGACGGGAAGGACAAGAAGAAGGAGAAGCAGAAGGGCGGCAUGCUAAGCGGCCUGUUCAAGAGCAAGAAGAAGGAUAAGAAGACUUUGUACGAUGCUGGCACCGAGAGCGAUAUGGAGAAGCCUUCGCUAGAGAUGAAGCGCGGCGAGUCGCCACGAGCUAGUCCUCAAGCCAGCAGUCGGAACUCACCUGUGGAGAGGAGCGCCAGCACAAAUACGGCGCCGUUGACCAAUGUCACUCCUGCGCAAGCCGCUCAGCUUAAGCAGGCACAACAACAGCAGCAGGCUCAACAACAACAACAACAACACCAAGCUCAACCGCAUUCACAGUCACAACCGCAAGCACAGCUACAGCCACAACAACAACAGCAGCAGCCGUCGCAACAAGUACAGCCGAGAGGCAUUCUCCAGAAGCAAUCCUCGAGCCAGAACAUAAAUCCUGCGAGGGAUGCUGCCAAACCAUCACAGCCACGUGGCGCUAUGAUGGCGGAGCUUGCAGGCAGCGAAGCGGCUUUCGAGAUGUCGACCGGUCAGGAAGCACAAAUCACAGAAGCUUCGCAGCCUGUGGAGACUAUGGCACAGCAACAGCAGAAAGAUUCAGAAGGCACAAUGAAUUCAAUCAAGAACAUGCUCACGCCAGCCGACAAAGAUCUCAAGCCGAAGAAAGCGAAGCGAUCCAAACAGCGUGUCGAACUAGACGACUUCGACUCGGCCGACGAGGACGAAGCGACAGAACCGAACCCUUUCCUCGAACAAGAAGAAAGACAACGACGCGCAUCAGGCGAGGACGAGCCAGAACGCAAAGAGCGCCUAUCAGAAAAUCCCGUGCAUAUCACCAACAGCAGCGGUGGCGGCUUCGGCGCUUUCAUGCAAGGCUCCGAAAUCGUCCACAUACCCACACCAGGCGAAGGACCCGAAUCCGACGAAGCCAGCCCAAGGAGUCUGAUCAGCUCACCGAGUAUCAUCGAGCAUCCGGACAAUAACCAGCUGCGUGGUCCAGCACACCAGGAACAACAACCGCACGAGGUCCUGACCCUCGAAGACGACGAACCCACGCCCACAGCCCCUCGCUCCUUAUCACCACUCCACGGCGUCUUAGCCUCUCACCCCACCGCACCUUCAGCAGCAAUACCAACAACCCUCCCCCAACCCCACCUCCGCAACCCCUCCCUAAACGACGACCACUCCUCCAUCUCCUCCAUCACCCUCCCCUCCACCCCCGGCCUAAAAGAACAAUCCUGGUCCGACAGCAAUCUCCGCUCCUGGCUCGACGACGGCAGUGAGGUGAGAGAUAUGCUGGCGCUGAUAAACGAUAAAUCGGAUGUUGUGCCCGUGGGUCCCGAACAUCCGAUCAUGAAGGGGUUGUUUGUUCAGGAGCGGAGGGGGGUGCAGAGGAUGAUGGGGAAUUUGGAUGGGUUGUUGGGGAGUUAUUUGGAGAGGAAGGGGAUUUCGGCGGUUUGA